UGGUAACCGGUACCCGCCGCGAGUGUAAUCACAAGCAAUGCGUCGAUCGCUUCCGGUAGCUUCGUCCUCGUCGCCGCAUCAACAGCCCCAGCAGAUUCUCAACUACACCAUCGCGAGUGACAUCCAGUUUAGCAGCAGCAGCACCAGCAGUAGGAACGGCACCGGGGACGCCAUGAACGGUUCCGGCAGUAGUAGCAGCACCAACUGCUCCCCGUUUCUCCUGCAUUCGCAGCAACAGCAGCACCAGUAUUUGUCCUACCCGCUGUUCGAGGGCCCCUUCCAGGUUAUCGAACCGGGCAGCGACAUGUACAUCGAGAUGGACUCGGACUUUGGCCUGGACGGCAGCGGUCUGUUCGAUGGGAGCCGAGUGAUGGAACAGCAGGAACUGUUCAUCUCGGAAAAUGGGAUUCCGCAGGAUGUGCUGGAGGAUGUUUUUCAGCUGGAUGAUGAUAUGGAGGCUGCGGGAGGGCUGCUGCCGCAGCAGUAUCCCGUUGCCGCGGGCCUGACAAUGGCCGAAUACGAAAAGGAUCUGGUAGCGGAAAUGGAGAAACUGUUCCCGUCGCCUGUGGUUCCGCCGCAAUGCGCUCCUCCGAUGUCCAAAGGGAGUCGAUUGAUGGAGGAACUGGUGAGGACGGAUCCGCCAGAGCUUCCGUGCUAUAUGAAUGUGCAACUGAAACCGGAUGGCAGUCGGAAAGGACGGAAGAUGGAAACAGCGCCACGUGACGUCCAAAGGGGUCUUCGAUGCGUGGAAUUGACUGACGGCAACGGAACCACUUUUAAAGCCAACUACUUUCACAAUCAAUCUACCGAAAAGCAGUCGAUACCCGCUCCACCGCCAGUCAAGAACACUCUCCAGCACCGUCGCGUGGUGGAACUGCUCCAAUCGCCUCCGCUCCGGAACCUGAGCCCCGCCAUGGCCAGCAAGAUCGAGUCGCUGGCCAGUGGCAAUCGUAACGUCACUCUCACACCGGUUCGAAGUGGUUCCACACCCCCGCCUAAUCCUCCGCGUCCCAAUUCAACAACCAUCGUCAUCAAGACUCCAAAGAGGACAAUCGGCUCGAGCGGAACCCCGAUGGAAUCGGCCCCCGCUCCACCGCCACCAACCAUGGGUUUCCCCUUUCCAAUGGCCAUAAUCAAACAGGAACCUCCGGAUGACCAUCCGGCACCAGCGACAAUCCCUCUGGAAAACACUCCGAUCGAACUCCCGGUCAUCACACCGAGCCCCAUGGCCAGCAAACAACCCCGAAAGCAAAAGCUCCAAUCCCUGUCGCAGUGCGACAUGGUGUUCAAGGAGGCCAUCACUCCCGGUCCGAGUUUCCCAUCGACGAUUGCAUCCAACCGUCGGAUUGCUCAACGUCUGACACCUGCUCCGCCUCUUCCGCCUAGCCGUGGACCACCUCCGAACGAUUUCGUCACCGUCACGAUCAAGGAUGUCAAUGACACCAGCAACGACAAAAACGUCCAAGCUCAAUCUCGUCCCGCAACUCCACGCGCCUCGACUAGUAAAUCCUCACCGAUUCCAUCUCCGAGCCAAGCUCGUCCACCACCAGCCAAUACUUAUCCAUUCAAGAAACGCUCCCUGGUCACGCACUACCGGGUUCAAAUGACGCCCGAUCGGAAACGGAUUACCGGCCAGCCAGUAGAAUCGAUUGAAAUCCUAGAUACCUCCGAAGAGGAACAGGAAGAAACCAACGAAUCCAGCACCGGAACAGCCACCGCCCCUGAAUCGGAACCCGAGGACGUCCCGAAGCCAAAACUCCCAGGAAACACCGAAUCGAUCCAAUGUCCCUUCUGCUGCAAGGUGUUCUUCGCGUCGCACAUGCUUAUGCUGCACAGCCAGAACUGUGCCGACGCUGUCCUCUUUGGAAACUCACCACCGAAAAAGCAGCCAUCAAGCAAAGGUAAAAAACCAUCGAAGACAGGCGAAAGCCUACUCAAACCUUCCUCCGAAAAAGGUCCGAAACCAUUGGAGGAGCCGUCCCAAACCAAGCCCACCCAAACAAAACCACGGCCACCACCGUCGCAGCCGGAAACUGGAACCAACCGCAAGCGCUUGUCCCAUCCGAGGACCUCAAUGCAUCUAAGCAUCGAGAUACUGCCGACGGCUUUCAGCAUCGAGAACCUGCUGUUGUGCGAGGUGUGCAAGAAAACGUUCCGCAGCCAGGAGCACUUGGAUGUUCACCGGAAGAUCCACACCACGCCGACGGUGUGCAACUUCUGUAAGAAGAAGUUUCAUGAGAAACCGCGCAAUCACAGCUGCCAGGAGAUGAAACGUGCGAAGCAGCAGUGGAAGAGAGAAAAUAACUAGAUUUGAAAAAAAACGGUGGAGUUACAGUUUAGGACAUAAUUUGGGAAGGGACAUCGGUUUUGUUUUUUGUUUUGUUUUUUGAUUAUUAGUUUACGUAGCCUCUGAAUUUUGUUUCGAAGAUAAACGUGAAAUGUAAGGUUUAACUGAAGUUAUAAGAUAUAACAUUCUGAAUAAGACAUUAUCAACAA